AUGACAAGUUAUUAUAAAAAUAUAUUCGGAAUGGUGUCAGAAAACGAUAGACAAGAUUAUCUUGAAUAUUGGAGACAAUUUGGCAAUAAUGCCAAUAUUAAUGGUAUGAUGUUAAAUGCCAAUGCUUCUAUAUUUGAAGAAAGUGAUAGACAUGAUGUAUGUCUUUUACUUCCUGAUUUAAAAGGUAAAAAUGCUUUAGAUGCAGGUGCUGGAAUUGGACGUUUUACUGCUGAACUUGCUUCUAAAGCUGAUAAAGUUUCUGCAUCGGAUUUUAUUCCAGAAUAUGUUACUAAAUUACAAGAACUUAGUGCUGAAGCAUUUAGAGAUGGUAAAAUUAUUGAUGUUACUGUGGCUGAUGCUACACGUCUCUCUUAUCCAGAAAAUAGUUUUUUCCUUGUUUUUACUAAUUGGUUAUUUAUGUAUUUCAAUAAUACUGAAUGUGCCCGUUUUACCGUAAAUGCUUUAAAAUGGUUAGAAGAAGGGGGAUAUUUUAAAAUUAGAGAAUCAUGUUCUGAACCAUCAACAGGAAGAGUUGAAAAUAAACAAGAAACUUCUCUUCAUGCUACUGUUGAAUCAAAUCCAACUGUAUACAGGUUUUCAUCUGUUUAUCUUAAAUUAAUUGAAACAGCAAGAUAUAUUGAUUCAAAUAAUCAAAAAUGGAAAUUUGAAAUUGAAGUAUGUGGUUCUGUUCCAACAUACAUUUUUCAUGGUAAUAAUUGGAGACAAGUUCAAUUAAUUGCUAAAAAAGUAAAAGCUAAUGAUGAUGAUGUUGUUUUAUCACAAAACGAAUUAAGAGAUUUAAUGGUUAAAGAUUGGAUAGUAGCACAAGUAAAAAAAGAUUCUAUUGUUGAUGGUGUAAAAAAAUAUUUUGCUGAUAAAAUAUUUGCUAAAGAAUUAUCAAAUAUUGAUAUGACUAAUGAAGAAUCAAUUUCAGCAUUUUUUGUCUUCCAAUCAUCAUUUAAUUCAUGGUAUAAAAGAAUUUACCCAUUUUCAUUACCAUCAAAUAAACAUUGUCAUAUUUGGACAAAUGAAGGUGAUCGUGAACUUUUUAGAUGUUCAUUAACUUCAGCUAAUGAAGAAAAAAAUACUGGAAUAUUUUUUACGUACACAAAAGAUAAUGUUUUUAAUGCUUUAAAAUAUGUUGAAAAAAGAAACUUUACAUUAAAAGGUUUCUUGGCAAUUGAUUAUUUAAGUAAUCAUGAAAUUAAUUUUAUUCAGUCUUUUAAAAAAAUUGCUAUUGAAAAUGCUAAAAUUCUUCUUCUUGAAUCAUAUUCUAAUGAGGAUGAGAAAAAUGAAAAAUUAAGCAAAAUUAAUCAGCAAUACACAAUGAAGUGCGUAACAGAAGAUAUUCAUAAUGAAAUCAAAAAUAUACAUCAAGAUGAAGAAAUUAUUCAUGACAUUACAUCAAAAAAAUGGAUGUUUAUUAAUAUAAACCAUUAA